AUGGCUAUUGCUCGUUAUUUAUUCAAGCUACUUUUUAAUUGUGCUUUUGAACAUUUUGAAAUUGAUAUGUUUUUAAUUAAUCCACAAAUGAUUGACUUAUUGUUUGAUGAAGCAACAACAAAUUUUCCUUUACAAAUACAUUCUCAAAAGACAGAACUAGAUUAUAUUUGGAAUACUGAUUCCUCAAACUUUAUUUGGAAACAUUUGUUUUCUAAUCAAUUAAAAUUUGAUAGGUUUGCCUGCUUUGGGAAAGAAAACAUGGCUGUUUUAUUGAAAAUUUUGACACAAGGAGGAAAUAAAAUUUUAAGCCUUACUUUGGAUAAAAUUCACACUAACCUCUACAAUUUGAUUAUAAAGGUUUGGACAUUUUUUUAAUUUUUCGAACUAGGGGGUUUAGGGGAAGAAAACCAAAAAUUGGCGCAAAAGUGUAAUUUUUAUCUAAAAAAUUUUUCGAUCAUAGUUCGCGAGGUUUUUCCUCGUAAAAUAGGAAUAGGGACACGUCGCUUAUUGCACCGGAAAAAUUUUUUUAGUUUGUUUUCAAUAAAAAUUAUCAGGGCUCAAAAUGGUCAGUUUAGUUGUG